AUGGGUGUUCCAGAUUUUUUGAAGUUUGCCGCGCGCAGCUCGCCCACGGCGCUGUGCCGGAUGAAGAAGGGUCGAGCCUCCGCCCCUCUGUGCUUUGACUUCAUUCUGGUUGACGCCACCAAUGCGUGUCAAACCAUUGGCCUUGGGACCCUCGCGGAGUUCCUUAUGCAGCCGCAGCUGAAGGUGCGUCGAGCGGUGAUAUUUGCCGUGGACGCACAGCGACACCGUGCUGGAACGUCGCGGAGCCACCGCACGCACGCCACCGUGUUGGAUGCAGACGUCGCCGUCCAACGGCUCUGUGGUGAACUGCAGGAACAUUACACGCAACUUGCCACGGUAGACGCGCUGCGGCCGCAGGUUCUUGUCAGUGGCCGUCAGGUUGCGGGGGAGGCAGACUACAAGAUUCUCGACAUCCAAAGGCAACUUGUCAUGCAGGCGUUUGCCGCCAAGGAAGAGCUGCCGACGUUUUGCUUCAUUUCUGAGGACUCGGACGUCCUCUGUGGAGCCAUCUGUGGGCCUGCCCCACACACCGUGACCAUCGCAACGAAGCUUCACGACACCAUGUUCGAGAUGUGUCUUCUGCGAAUAACACAUGUUUUGGCCUACAUCGCCCAACGCGUGGACGCGCUUGACGGCACCGACGAAGCGGAAGAGCAACCACCUCAGAAACAACAACAGCAGAAGCAGCCCGAUGUCGCGAAUGAGAAUGGGAAGGGAGAAGCCGGGGAAGGUGAAGAGAUUCUUCGCCGCCGCAAGCCGGACGGACCCAUGGUCGCUACUGGCUCUCGUGUCCUUCUUAGUGACUCCGAUAGUGACUUAAGUGACGCUGAUGAGGUGGGGCAAGUGAAGGGCUUGCCUGCCUGCAUGCCUGUGCAGAUGGCACAGCAUAGUGCUCAGGCUGAGAUUCUCCAGAAUAGUGCUAUAGAUUUGGUGUUUCUCUUUAUUGUUGUCAUGGGCAACGGCAGCAAUGUCCCUCCUCUUGUUCGUGGAGCAACCAAGGUGGACAUCCAGUCCUCCUGGAAGGCGUAUUGCAGGAUGAAAUAUAGCACAGCGGAGUUUGGUCGUGAGAAGGAGAUGGGACGCUCGUUGUUGGUGCUUCAUGACGCGUUGGCGCGCCCAGAGCAGCAAUCAAAUGAGAUUGCCUCCAUUGCAGUGGACUGCUCCUUGCUUAGGGCCAUUCUUGAGUCUGCCCACUAUGCCGAUGCCUACGCACGGCCUCCUGUUGAGGAAGAAAAGGAGAGGGCCUUGCUGUUCCUCUCUCAGGCCGUGUACACGACACUUCGCUACAUAAUUGCGUGUAACGUUCACUUUGAUUCGGCGUUGGAGGACACAUUUUUAGACACGCGACCCCUGCUGGAGAAGGAAGUUGUUGUUCCAAGCCUCGCUGCUUUUUUGUGGGUGCUGGGUUUAACGAAGAAGAGAACAUUGUACUUUCCCCUUGUGGGGUUGGCGGAUGAGGAGGUACUGUCAACCGCCACAAAGGGAAUGCCAGCGGUGGAGGCGGCUGUCGCUGCCGCACGCUGUCGCAGCAAACACUCUAAUCAAAAUGUUGUGCUGGAAUGGGAUGUGGGGAAUACGCUUCUGACAUCUGGAGCGGAGAUGUCGCGCAGGGUGCGUCUGCAGAGCUUUUGCACGCGGUCGAAGUCAGGCUAUUGUAAAGGCAUGGUGGCUUGCAUCAAUGCAUGUGCCGAGGAUGCCGUGAGAAACGCCAGCGAUAGUGCCGGUCAUGGUUUCCCGCAGGGAAGUAAAUCGGCACUCUUUUCACGGCUUCUGUUGGCAUGGCGGAGCACAAUGACAUCGUUUAUGCCUGCGUUAGGGGUGAUUGCACGCAACGAAAAUUUUGCCGUUUCUCUCAACGAGAGUGAUAGCCAUAAGCGCAUGAGUGGGGAACCACGCAGCGGUGCGUUGGAGACGCAGACUGAAAAAGACAAACUCUCGUAUAGUUUUGAAUUGAGGCGCAUGGCACCGGUGCUUGCGGGAGGCGCGAAGGAACCCCGCGGUGGCACGGCAACGAGCGCGGCGCUUCUGCAGGCGCUACGUGUAUCAUAUGACUAUGCGAAGGCGCCGUUGUCGGCGGAGAUGUCUGGGGGAGCAGCCGCAGAGGAAGGCGAGGCGCCGUCGUCCAGUGCGGAGAGGAAGAGGCAAAAGCGGCGGCAGUCUGCCGUGGAGGCCGCUCCUUCUGCAGAAAAGAGGCCCAGAAAGGAGGGGGCGGCAGGGGGCUUGGCCGCCGGCAAGAAGCGGGAGGGUCAGUCGGGCAAAUAUCGGCGCCCCGGCAAGAAGGAGCGUCAAAGGGCGAAGAUGGCCCACGACAGCAAGUAA